AGUCAGAGUGUGCCAUUUUGUGAUGUUCGAAAUUUGUCAGAAUUGACAGAAUACUCAACAAGAGCAGAUCAUUAAAAACGUAUUAACUUUUCGGAAUUUUAUGGUGAAACAAGUGUUUGACUGCGGAGUCCGAGUGUUUUCAAUUUACUCCAAGCUACUAAGUAGUGUUCAAGUAUCAAAAUGACCCAAAACCAAAAGGUAGCGUCACCAGCCUCAUUCGGGAAAAUCAUUCUAACGUUGGAGAAUUGUUUACUUCCGAAAACGAAAUUGGAAGAGACAGCAUCACAAUUGGAUGGCCUGGAUAGACAAACCGAAAUCGAUUUACGGAUUUUAGGCUGUGAAUUGAUACAAACUGCUGGAAUUUUGCUGAAACUGCCUCAAGUGGCUAUGGCCACUGGUCAGGUCUUAUUUCAACGAUUCUUCUACUCGAAAUCGUUUGUGCGUUAUAACAUGGAAACUACGGCAAUGAGCUGCAUUUGUCUGGCGUCAAAAAUUGAGGAAGCGCCUCGUCGGCUACGUGAUGUUAUGAACGUUUUCCAUCACAUCAAACAAGUACGCGCUCAGAAAACCAUUGCACCGAUGAUCCUAGAUCAAUCCUAUUUAGCGUUGAAAACACAGGUCAUCAAGGCUGAACGUCGCGUGCUGAAGGAACUGGGAUUUUGUGUACAUGUCAAACAUCCACACAAACUCAUCGUCAUGUACCUGCAAGUGUUGGGCUACGAGAAAAAUCAGAAACUAAUGCAAUGCGCUUGGAACUACAUGAAUGAUUCAUUGAGAACCGAUGUUUUCGUUCGAUACCAGCCGGAAACUAUAGCCUGUGCUUGCAUAUACCUAACGGCGAGGAAAUUAAACUUUCCUCUGCCCAAUAAUCCGUCGUGGUAUGGAAUUUUCAAAGUUACAGAGGAAGACAUCAUUGACGUUUCCUAUCGAAUAUCGGAACUCUACCGGCGGUCAAAGCCGAAUGUUGAGCAAUUGGAACAGGCUGUCGAAGAAUUGAAGAAAACGUACAUGGAGUCACGGAAUAACGGACGUACUGGUCAAAAUACGCCACCUCAGGUGACGACAGUGGAUCGAAACAAUGGUUCGCAUAAUGCUUGGGGAGGUUUCAUUUCACGUGCCGUACCAUUGCAUCCAGAAGGUAAACCGGCUACUGUAAACAAGCGAUCGCAUUCUCGAUCCAGAUCUCGAUCCCAAACACCGAACGACGAAAAUCGAUCCCGUGGAAAGAAGUCCAGACACCGUUCGCGAACACCAUCCAAGUACAGCAAGAAGAAGUCGAGAAAUUACUCAAAAUCGCCAUCGUCUUCACCGCAGAACAAGCAUAAGAAAAGAGAUCGUAAAAGUCCUGCUCGUGAUAAGUCCGAUUACUAUUCGAACGGUGGUCGCAGUAGUAAAGACCGAGAACGGCACCAUAGAGAAAGUCGCACAAAAGACCGGCCUCGAGAUCGGGAACGUUCGAAGCAUGAUCGGUACAGUACGUCGAGAAGUAGCCAUAAGACAGCAAAGCAUCGUGACCGUUCAAGAGAUAGAAAACGACCAAUUGAAAUAAAUGAGCAAAUUUGUAUAAAUGGAAGUUUUUAUUGUUGUUGUGAGUAGACGCGUGUAUGUGAUCGAUCGACCAAUCGCUUAUCAG